AUGUCAGCAGGGGUCAUUUCUCAAGCAGGGUCGGCGGUGGCCAUGAUCGGAGCGAACCUUCGCUUCGGUUCAGCAGGGGCUACAAACUCCUCGGUGGUGAACAAUACUCGCCACUGCCCGCCAGGGGGCGCUGCGAGCGCUGCAGCAUUGUUAGCACUCUCCAGUUUGGGCAUGUCGGCUAAUUUGGCUCUGAUGGCUGUCAUACUUAGCAAAAAGCAGCUGCGAAGGUGGUCUCACGGUCUACUAUUUCACCAAGCGAUAGUGGACCUAGCGCGGGCAGCCAUCUUGUUGCCUCUAGGCAUUGCCGUAUUCCGCUGUCAACCCGUCUACAAAUGUUCCUUGGUAGAAACCGCCUUUUUACUUCUGGUGACGGUGUCAACAGUGAACAUGCUUACUACAGUGCUCAAUGAUAGCCCAAUUUUCCCCGAAAAUGAGGAAGAGCAAGCUGAUUUAUCAGCCCCAUUACUGAUGGACAGCCCACAGUGCGUCCUUUUCGGAACAUUCAUGAUUUGGUUCGCGUCUAUAACGAUAAAUCUCGGGCCUACGUUCUUAUCUGGGGCUUUGGCUGCCAGCGCGGGCUCUUACGGGUCUUACGGGCCGGCGCCGUCGUGCCCACUGGUUCGAGGACCCUUCAGGCAUUACGUACUAAACGCUCUCUGGAUAGGCGUUAACGCUGUCUGCAUCGGAUUGACACUUUUCCACUUGAAAAAGCUCCACCGGGAUCUCACGAAGGCUAACGUAGAAGCAGUACGAGUAGCUGGUUUAGUGACCACGCUUGUCAGCAUGGCAGGUGACAACAGGCGGAUGGAUAACCUGCCCAACAGCGUCGGACCCAGGACUGUGGAUGGCACACUGUCAGACGGUCAAUGUCGUCCGUCAGGGAGUAAUAACCUGCCUCUGGGAGGGGGGCGUCGGCUCCGAGGGUACCUGGCCCGGGUGGAACGGGAGGGGGUCCGAAGGGUCCGCAUGUUCCUGGUCAUCACCGCGGCGUAUGUGCUGUUCUGGGGGCCUUUGUUCCUCAUCACAUUGCUGCACCACCCGGCUUUGACGUCGCAUAUAGCUUAUGAAAUGUAUUUCCAAAUCACUCUACAUAUCUCGUACGUGCACGCCGCGGUCAAUCCGCUGUUGUUCAUGGCUCUGCAUCGAGCUCUGCGCAGGGCGGCGUUGCAGCUGUGCUGCGGCUGCUGCGUGCACUGGAGUCAGUUCGUACUGGCCUUGACUGCUGCUGCUCAAUCGCCUUUAGCACCAGCGUCGUUCUCGCCAGCGGCAGUAUCGCCCGAACCCCCUCCCGCGCCGCCGCCGCCGAUGGCCCCUCCCGCCCCCCCGGCGCCGGCGCACUCCGCGCCUGCGCCUCACACGAUGAUGAGUUGGGAAGUUGAGGAGUGUGACGCUGAGAGUAUGUCGAGUGCGCGUGUGCAGGGAGACGAGGAUAUGAUGGGGGAGGCGUGGAGCGGCAGCGUGCGGCGGCUGCCGCGCUCGCCGAGCCCGCUGCUGCCCGCGAUCUGAGCGCGCCUCGAGCAGCCCGCGCCCCGGCCGCCGCCCGUCCGCGCCGACGCUCCCGACAUAUCGCGCAUCGCAUCAUGCUGUACAUAGCCAUCAGGACAUUGACGUCAUCACUCUGUACAUACAGUUCUUGAGGUGUAUCUGUCUCAGUAGUUCUGAACCUCUCAAAUCAUUGAUGUAUAGAAAGGGUAUUUAUGAAUAUUACGAAAUUAUACUUAAGAUACUUUUAGCUAUUCGGUAGUUUGUGUGUGGUGAAAAGUAAUUUUUCUAAUGUAAGUCUUGAACUGUACAUUGUCUAAUUUCAAUUUUAUCGUGUAAGUAAGUCAAUAUAGAAAGCUAAAUUCUAAAUACACGAGAUAGUAGAAGAAAUAUAUUAACGGCACUUCCAGAUACUUAUAUUCAGUAGUGACCAGAACACAACUUGAUAUACUAUAAUAUAUUUUUGUGAGCAUAAGUAGAUGACGUGAAAUUGUCAUUAAAUGGAACACCAAGUAGAUAGGUAUAAAAACAAAAAAUAAAACCGUAGUUUAAGAAGAGAACUUACUAUUGUGUUGGGUCUAUUUUCUAGAUUAUUGUACUUAUGUAGCUUGGAACUAACUUGCCAACAGUUGAAAGAGCCAAAGAACUGUUUAAAGACUGAAUAUUUUUUGUAUUAAUUUUGAUAAUUUUCCCUUUUUCAAAGCUACCUACAGCAUUCUGUUAUAAUAAUGCAGUUUAUAGUAGUUAGAUGAAUAUGCCGAGUUUUCUUAUUGAUAUAAUUAUUGUGCCAAAGCCUUUUAUUUGUAUCUACUAUACAAAGAAUCCAAAUCCAACAUAUGUAUAAAUACCUACUUAUGAAAAUCAUGUGAGAUAGAUUUUAAGGUUAUCGAAAACAGCGGGACUUCUUACGUUCGUAGUUAAUGUUUAACCUUGAUUUAAAAUUUUAAGAAUUAAUAUUCAUUCAUGUAAAAUAACUUACUAAUUUGGAAUUCUAUUGAUCUUUUCUUGUUAAUUUCUAGAUAUUACAAUAAAACGGAAUAAUAAACAAAAAAUAAAAUGUAACGUAAAUAAAGU